CCUACACUGUUGACAAACUUAGACAAAGCCCGGGGGGGACCGGGCCGGGCAGAGGGGCGGCUUCUUCCGCUGCGCCCUGGCGGGACAGGGGGAAGCGGCCCUGCUGUCUCUGCGCUGGGGCUUUUGGGCUGGGACUCAGGACAUCGGGUGACAGCCCUGCCGCCCCCAGCGAUGCGGCUUACAGAUAAUGACAAAGGAAUCCGCUGUGUCGGGCCUCUCUUUUCCCUUGUGAAAAAUGAGGCCAGGGAACUGCGUCUGACUUUCGAACCCCUUCCACCUGGGACAUUCUAGGACUCUAGUAUGGAUAAGUCUUCUCUGGAUAACUUUGUCCUGGCAACUCCCUGCCAACUCCAAUUGGCUGGACAGUUCAUUGGAUUUUUGCGCUCCCAAUUGUCCGUGCCUGGUCACAUAAGGGAAGGGCUGGGGAGUCAGUGCAAUGGACGCGGGCCGUAAGUGGGGCCCGGGAGGGGACCCAGAGGCUGCGAGGAACUUGGAAGAGGGCUGCCUGCUGAUGGGAGUCUCCUGACUCCCUCCCUCCCGCGGCCUUGGCCGGCUGCUGUAUCUUCCCUGGUCCUCCUCCGCCUCCCAGGAGGCCUCCGGCGGCCAGCUGGGCCCCUUACAAACUGGACUUGCGGAUGCCCCGUGCCAUUCACCGUGGAGCGCUGGGAGGCGGUCAGGGCCAGGGCUGUUUAGGCGGCCCCUCCAUCAUUUUCUCAUAGAAAUGAGAUUGACUGAAGCAAGAUAUCUGUUCCAGAAACCCCUGCCACAACGGUGGUUUAUGCGAGGAGAUUUCCCAAGAAGUGCGAGGGGACGUCUUCCCCUCAUACACGUGCACGUGCCUUAAGGGCUAUGCGGGCAACCACUGUGAGAUGAAAUGCGUCGAGCCACUGGGCAUGGAGAAUGGCAACAUUGCCAACUCACAGAUCACUGCCUCAUCUGUGCGUGUGACCUUCUUGAGUUUGCAGCACUGGGCCCCGGAGCUGGCCCGCCUGAACCGCGCAGGCAUGGUCAAUGCCUGGACACCCAGCAGCAAUGAUGAGAACCCCUGGAUCCAGGUGAACCUGCUGCGGAGGAUGUGGGUAACAGGUGUGGUGACGCAGGGUGCCAGCCGCUUGGCUAGUCCUGAGUACCUGAAGGCCUUCAAGGUGGCCUACAGCCUUAAUGGACAUGAAUUCGAUUUCAUCCAUGAUGUUAAUAAAAAACACAAGGAGUUUGUGGGUAACUGGAACAAAAACGCGGUGCAUGUCAACCUGUUUGAGACCCCUGUGGAGGCUCAGUAUGUGAGGUUGUACCCCACGAGCUGUCACACGGCUUGUACUCUGCGCUUUGAGCUACUGGGCUGUGAGUUGAACGGAUGCACCAAUCCCCUGGGCCUGAAGAAUAACAGCAUCCCUGACAAGCAGAUCACGGCCUCCAGCAGCUACAAGACCUGGGGCUUGCAUCUCUUCAGCUGGAACCCCUCCUAUGCACGGCUGGACAAGCAGGGCAACUUCAACGCCUGGGUUGCGGGGAGCUACAGUAAUGAUCAGUGGCUGCAGGUGGACCUGGGCUCCCCGAAGGAGGUGACAGGCAUCAUCACCCAGGGGGCCCGUAACUUUGGCUCUGUCCAGUUUGUGGCAUCCUACAAGGUUGCCUACAGUAAUGACAGUGCGAACUGGACUGAGUACCAGGACCCCAGGACUGGCAGCAGUAAGAUCUUCCCUGGCAACUGGGACAACCACUCCCACAAGAAGAACUUGUUUGAGACGCCCAUCCUGGCUCGCUAUGUACGCAUCCUGCCUGUAGCCUGGCACAACCGCAUCGCCCUGCGCCUGGAGCUGCUGGGCUGUUAGUGGCCGCCUGCCACCCCCAGGUCUUCCUGCUUUCCAUGGGCCCACUGCCUCCUGGCUUCUCAGCCCCUUUAAAUCACCAUAGGGCUGGGGACUGGGGAAGGGGAGGGUGUUCAGAGGCAGCACCAUCACACAGUCACCCCUCCCUCCCUCUUCCUCACCCUCCACCUCUCAUGGGCCCUGCCCCAGCCCCUAACCCCCAUCCCCUAACCCCCAGCCCUCACUGUCCUGUUUUCUUAGGCACUGAAGGAUCUGAGUAGGUCUGGGAUGGACAGGAAAGGGCAAAGUAGGGCGUGUGGUUUCCCUGCCCCUGUCCGGACCCCCGAUCCCAGGCGCGUAUGUCUCUGUCUCUCCUAUCCCCUCUCUCACACAUCACAUUCCCAUGGUGGCCUCAAGAAAGGCCCGGAAGCGCCAGGCUGGAGAUAACAGCCUCUUGCCCGUCAGCCCUGCAUCGGCCCUGGGGUACCAUGUGGCCACAACUGCUGUUGCCCCCUGUCCCCAAGACACUUCCCCUUGUCUCCCUGGAUACCUCUCUUGCCCCUUGUCCUGAAGCCCAGUGAGACAGAAGGGGGUGGGGCGGGUCUAUGGGGAGAUAAGGGAGCGAGGUCAGAGGAGGGCAUGGGUUGGCAGGGUGGGCAUUUGGGGCCCUCUGAGCUGGCUUUUCACCCCAGAGGACACAGGCAGCUUCCAAAAUAUAUUUAUCUUCUUCACGGGAA